AUGGCGGGCUUCAACUUGUUUGGUCGUCGGCGACACGACCCUGAGACCCCUCUUCCCACCCAUCACCGCCGAAGCAGUGACGAGACCAAGAUCAACGAGCGCUGGCACCGCGACGGCGAAGUCGUGUAUCCUCAGUUCGGCUACCCUGCCAUUCCGCAAUAUAUCCCCAGCCAUGCUGCAACUGCGCUUGGCGUCGGCGUCCCAAUACUGGUCAUACUCCUCUGCCAGAUUCGUAUCCGCUCGUUCUGGGACAUCAACAACGGUAUCAUCGGUGUGCUCUAUGCUCAACUGGGAUCGGCCGUGUUCCAGGUCAUGAUUAAAUGGUUGAUUGGUGGUCUCCGCCCAAAUUUCCUCGAGGUUUGCAAACCCGACAUCAGCAAAGCCUCCCAACCAGGUGGCAAUGCGACUGGUCUCGACGGCACAGGCUAUGGUGGUAUCAUGUAUACUUACGACAUUUGCACCACCGAGAUGGGAGGUUCCCUUUCUAACGCAUUGGAAUCAUUUCCAUCGGGGCACACAACAUCCAUGUUUGCCGGCAUGGUGUAUCUGUACCUCUACCUCAAUGCCAAGCUCAAGGUGUGGUCCAACUACCACCCAUCCAUGUGGAAGCUGAUCCUUACCUACGCCCCCAUCCUCGGCGCCACACUUGUGGGAGGCUCCUUGACCGUCGACCAGUCCCACAACUGGUACGACAUCUUGGCCGGCGGCUUGAUCGGUACGAUGUUCGGUUUCUCGUCAUACCGAAUGGUGUAUGCCUCGAUCUGGGACUGGCGUUUCAACCAUAUUCCUCUCCACCGUAAGAUGCCCCUCGAAUACGAUGUCGACUCUUUCGGCGACGGUCUGGUCGCCACCCGUAAGGCAGGCUGGGGCAAAGAAUGGGGAGGAAAGCCCUAUGGUACCGACAAGACGGUUAGGACCCGGUACAGCACUAGCAGGGACGGUCGUGGAGUCGGUGUUCCCCGUAAGACGGUGACAUCGCAUCAUAAUAGGGCAAAUCGUCGUCCUUCAGCCGGUGAGAUGGUAUAA